CCCCUGCUCCCUCGGCCCCGGCACUCGCAGCUGGCGGGCCUUCCUCUCCAUCCCGCCCGUCCCCCCUCGGCCGGCGACCGCUUGGUCGGCGCCGCUGCGUCCCGUGUGUGCCGGGCCCGCCCGCACUGCGGGGGCGGGGCCGGGAGCCGCCCACGCCGCGCUCGGGGCUCUGCGCGCCGUCUCGCUGGGACGCGUGCGGGCUGCGCGGCGCGCGGGAGCCGGUCGGGCGGCCAUGGCGCUGCGCGCGGGGAGGUAGCCGGGCCGGCGAGCGGAGCGCAGGGGCCGCCAUGGCCAGGCGGCGGCGCCGCGCCUGCAUCGCGCUGUUCCUGGUGCUGCUCUUCGCCUUCGGCACCCUCAUGGGCCUGCGCACGCUCAAGGCCCCGGACGGACUCCCGGCGCUGGGCCCGGGCCUGGAGCUGGCGCCCUUUGAGCGACGCCCGGAGGGGGCCCCCGCGCCCGCCGCCCGGGCCCCGGCCGCCCCGGCCGCGCCACCCCCGCCGCCGCCGCCGCCCCGCACGGCGGACCCUGGCAGCUCCCCCGGGCCGGCCCCGGCGGAGGCCGAGCCCGCCCCCGGGCAGAGUCUCCGCGUCUACUCGGACCUGCACGCCUUCUACUACUCGUGGUACGGGAGCCCGCGGCGCGAGGGCCACUACGUUCACUGGGACCACGUCAUGGUGCCGCACUGGGACCCCAAGAUCUCGGCCAGCUACCCCCGCGGCCGCCACAGCCCCCCAGACGACUUGGGCUCCAGCUUCUACCCGGAGCUGGGGCCCUACAGCUCCCGGGACCCCGACGUGCUGCGGGAGCACAUGACCCAGCUCAAGGAGGCCGCCAUCGGCGUCUUGGUCCUGUCCUGGUACCCACCUGGCAUGGCUGAUGAUAACGGGGAACCCUCAGAUGACCUGGUGCCUGCCAUUCUGGACACCGCCCAUCAGUUCGACAUCCAGGUGGCCUUCCACAUCCAACCCUACAAGGGCCGGGAUGACAUCACUGUACAUGACAACAUCAAGUACAUCAUUGACACGUAUGGCUCCCAUGGUGCAUUUUACCGCUACAAGAACAGCAUGGGCAAGAGCCUCCCACUAUUUUAUAUCUACGACUCAUACCUGACGUCCCCUGAGGCCUGGGCCCACCUCCUGACACCAAACGGGCCCCACUCAGUCCGCAAUACCCCCUACGAUGGGGUCUUCAUAGCGCUGCUGGUGGAGGAGGGCCACACCCAUGACAUCCUGGCUGCGGGGUUUGAUGGCAUGUACACCUACUUUGCCUCCAAUGGCUUCUCCUUCGGCUCCUCCCAUCAGAACUGGAAAGCUGUGAAGAACUUUUGUGAUGCCAACAACCUCAUGUUCAUUCCCAGUGUGGGGCCUGGCUACAUAGACACCAGCAUCCGGCCCUGGAACAACCACAACACUCGGAACAGGGUCAACGGCAAGUACUAUGAGACGGCCCUGCAGGCAGCCCUGACAGUAAGGCCCGAGAUCGUCUCCAUCACCUCCUUCAAUGAGUGGCACGAGGGCACCCAGAUUGAGAAGGCCAUUCCCAAGAAGACGCCAACUCGCCUGUACUUAGACUACCUGCCUCAUCAGCCCAGCCUGUACCUGGAGCUCACCCGCCGCUGGGCGGAGCACUUCAUCAAAGAGAAGGAGCAGUGGCUGAUGUGAGGGGCCUGCAAACGGGGGAACGAGGGGCUAACGUCCCAGCCUUGCUGGGAGCUGUCACCAUGUGGGGCUCAGCUGAGGUUGUAGACACUCACUUAUUCAAGUCAGCAGCUGGGUGCUUAUGGGUGGGCCAUUGAGCCUGUUCCUCAGGCCAGUGGUGCUGGGGUGCUCUGCAGUGACGGGAAGCCAGGCGGUGUUUCAGAGGGAUCAGUAGAGGCUGGCAGGCGACUGGACUUAGCCUAGGGCAGCGCCACAUCUUCAGAACACUUUCACAUAAUCCCUUCUAGCUUUGAGCUCUGUGGCAGGUUGGUGUUGUGUAGUGGAGUCCCCCAGUCACUGUUUUUGGAAGGGUGUCAGGGUCUGGGCCAGCAUGCACUCCUUCUGCCAGCCUGUGCCCUCUUCAGGCCUCCUUCCCACAUCAUCUGUCUUCUCUAAGUUAGGGAACCAUAUGUGAGACUUUCUGAAAGGGCAUUUCUAGGUUUAAGCUCUUCCCAGUAGACUCCUGAACCCCAUCAGGACAUAAUCCUGAGCAUUCGUUCAACACUCGCUAAUCAAGCACCUUACUAUGUGCUAGGUGCUGCGGAAAACUUGACCAAGGAAUGGUUCCUGUCCCCCUGACACUUGCAGGAUCCAGCUUCCUUAUCUGGUGUGGCCUUGUAGCUGGUGCCUGGGCACAGUUGUGUUUUUCUUUUUGCAGUUUUACCUAGCGCUGGGAAUUCAGUUCCGUUUCCUCUAUAAAAAAAAAAAAAAAAAAAAAAAACCUCCGCGCGCUCCAGAACUCACUUUUCCCAGAUUUGGCUCCAGGGAGAGGACUAGGAUACCCCCCUCCCUUUAGCUGCCUGAACUGAAUGAGACCCACUCUCUAGAGCCAUUUUCAGUGCUACUGUGAUUUGUAUUUAUUAAAUAUGAAGUGGUAUUCUCAAGCAAGCAUUCCUUUUGCUCUCUUCAACACCUCACAGAUCUGACUUCAGUCAGAUUCUGUGACUCACUGACAUAUGGGCAGGGCUAGCUAUAGUUUUAGCACAAUGAAGAGUGGAUUUGCUUCAGAAAUUACUAGUUUAAAGGAAAUUUAUUUCUACAGGAAAUAGUUAACAAACUGGUGGCUUAUUUACAAAUUAACUAAUAUGCUAAUUACAGGGACCCUCAUUAAAGCAGGCCUCUAGAACACCUUCUUGGUAAGAUUCUUAGGAUAUACUUGAAAAAUAUGUGCACAGGAAACCACUGUACUAAGAUUAUGGGCUCAAGAAUUGGAAUUCUGGGAACUGGGGUACAAGAAGGGAGGGGGGAAGUAAACCCCAAUGGUCACCACAAGGACAUGCAGCCCCAGUUAGGUAACUGAUCCUAAAUCCCACCGGAUAGAUGAGCAGGCCUGGCCACCUGGCUUAACUGGGGAAACCAGGGCAGGCAGGGCUGGACGUUGACCUGUAGUAAUUUGCAGAAGGUAGCAACACUGAGGCUUCAUUUCACAGAUACACAAUUUUGGAAAAUACUAAAAAGUAUGUCAAGGCCAGGGGGCAGGGACAGCCAUUCUCCCACAUUGCUGAUGGCAGUGUAACGUGAAUUCAGUUCUUUUGAAGGCUAAUCUCUAUCAAGAGCCAUAAAAACGUUCGUAUACUUUGAUCUAAUACGCCUACCCUAAGGAAAUAAUUCAAAAGAAAAAUAAACCAUUUACAAAUAUG